AAACAAAAUCCAUUCGGAUCUUCCCAAUCUCGCAAGCCGAACAGACGAAACCUCCAUCGGCCGCCCCCCUCUGCCGGCGCGCAUGGCUCCCGCAUCCACCUCGCCGCCGGUGGAAACCCGCCCACGGCAGGCGCUGGCCAAGUCCAGUCUCCUGGGCGGCGUGGCGGAUCUGGACGCGGUCGUGUCCCUCCGCCUCCACGCGCUCUUCCUCCCGGUGCCCCGCCUCCUCCUCAAGGCCCUCGAGGUGGCCGGCGACGGCCGCAUCUGGCUCCCCGUCCCCAUCUCCCUGCUCCUGAUCUCCACCACCACCUCCUCCUCCAGGGUCUCCCCCCUCCUCGUCGGCCUCGUCGCGGGCCUGGUACUCGACAUCGCCUUCGUCGGGCUCGCCAAGCUCAUCUUCCGCCGCCCGCGCCCGGCGUACAACGCCGCGGACAUGUACGUCGCCGUCGCCGUGGACCACUGGUCCUUCCCCAGCGGCCACUCCUCCCGGGCCUUCCUCGUCGCCGCCUUCCUCGCCGCCGGCAGCGGUCUCCCCCGCGAGGCGCUGUACCUCUGGGCGGCCGCGACCUCGGCCUCAAGGGUGCUUCUCGGCCGGCACUACGUCCUCGAUGUCGUCGCCGGGGCUUGGCUCGGUGUGCUGGAGGCCUGGCUCAGCAACUUGAUCUUGAGCUAUUUGUGCGCCUCCGGCAGCUUUCUUGUAUGCUAGUAACUCUGUGUUCCUUCACGGCUGGAGGUCUUGUUAACAUGGAUCAUUCGUCUCAUCUCAUGUGAGGGCACCUAUAAUCCUGUUAUACGUCUUGAAUUUAUAUGGAACACGUUGACAGAUGGAUUCUGGACAUCUCAAGAAUGAUGGAGUAUUUUUUUUGUUGAAUGAGAAGGAGAUUCGAAUCCAGUUGCUUCUUUAUGAGCAGUCUUAUGGUACAAAUACAAUUGUUGCGAGAUGGUGGUUCCUUCACUUUCUUCAUUAUGACAUUCACAGGUGGUAGGCUAGGUUUACAUUGCUUAUGCUCAGUGCAUUGGAAUCGUUGGUUUCAGAUUUCAGGUGUUCUUACCCCCAUCUUGUGUAGAGAGCUCUUCUUCAAUUAAUGUUCAUUGUGUAUCAGCCUAUGCUAUAAUAUUUUGUGUACACUGUAUUAUGCUACGAUACUAGUGUUAGAUAUUCAACGACAAUUUGAUUUGUCAGGUUAACUCGAGAGGUCUAAGAAGUGUUAUCAUCUAUAGGAGGUCAUGUUAACAUGGAAUCAUUCAUCUCAUGUUAGGGCACCUAUCGUCCUGAUAUAAUGUCUUGAAUUUAGUCUGUUUCUCUUGAUCAAUAUGAAAAUCGACGGCAGAUGGAUUCUGGACAUCUCAAGAGUGAUGGAGUUUUUUGUUUGUUUGGAUUGUGAGUGAUGGAAGUUGCAAGGGGCACUACAGUUUGUUAGUAUGUGGAGCGGCAUUAGAGGGGUUACUCAUGAUCCGUCUCUCCCCCAUCAGUUCUGCUGGUUAUGGUUGACUUCUGAAGUUCACUCAGUGCAAUAGACUUACAAAAUGCUCUCACAGGGUUCUGCCAGAUUUGCUUCUGCCGACUGCAUUUUGGAAAUGCUUGGUACUGAGGAAUUGUAAGAUUUUCCCGUGGCUAUCAUUCCAAUACAGAAUGUGGACUUCAAAUAGGCACGGUUUACAAGCCCAUACAGCGACUUGUUUCGUCUGUUUCCAGGAAGAAGACACCACAGACCACAUCCUCGUACACUUCUAUGCUCAUCGGGUCUGGUAUAACUGUUUCUGCGUCAAGAAAAUUCAGGUAGCCAUACCCCAAGUCAAUGUCAAGUGGAGGACUGGUGGAUCAAGAGUGGAGUACAGUUCUGUGCGAAGUAGAGAAAGAAGUUUGAUUCCUUGGUGGUCGUAGUGAGUUAGAGCCUGUGGAAACAGAGGAACGCAAGGGUUUUUGGCAAUUUGCGCCAACAUUGACGGGGACAAUCUAGAGUUGAGGAUCCUGGAAGACAUGAAGUUCUGGACCUUGGCAGGACUGGUGAAUUUCAAAUAGCUGAGAGGAGUUAGCUUAGGUUUUGUGUUGGAGGGUGUAAUCUGAAACCAUGGUUUACAGUAUGUUUUGGGAUUAUUUAUCUUUCUUCAUCAUGACAUUUAGCAGUGGUGAUUUAUAUUGUUUGUUCUUUGUGCAUUGGAAAUGUUGGUUUCAGAUUUCAGGUGUUGUUCCCCUCAUCUUGUGUG